GUACAAGUACGUCUCUCACCAAAAGUGAGAGUGCUGGUACUACCAAACCUGUGUACAUUGUACCUUAUGAAUUAAAUGUUGAAUAUUCCACAAUGAAUGAUCGUUUUUCCCUUGUUUUGAGUAAAUUUGCUGAUGAAAUUAUCGAAGGAAAUUGGCUGGAUGACUUCAAAGCAUUUUUAUUGGGAAGGACACCCCAUCAGUCUGAAGGGAGAGAGAGGGAAGGAGCAGAUAGAGAAGAUGAAAUCAUGAAAGUGUGCAACAAGUUGGGUCUGGUAUCUUUACUUCGAAAAUAUUUUUUCCUUUCAAAUUUUGGAGCGUUAAUGUUAUUUGCUGAGGAAUAUAAAUUUGUUGCCAGCAAGACACUUUUAGAUUUUUCAGAAAAAAUUGAUGAUCUCUACAGUAAAAUUUUAGCUAAAGAUUUUGCAAAACAAGCCAUUGAAGACCAUAAAAAAUUAGAAGACCAUGGAGAAGUGAUUUUUAAAGUUGAUUUGGAUUUGGAGUCUACACUGAAGGAGUUUCAAAAAUUUCUUGUUAAAGCAUUCUAUCGUCAUCAUGGCAUAUUAAUAUCACUGAGGGUUGUACAUCAUAGCCUACUUACCUUUGUAUGUACUAUACCUAAAUGGCUGGUUGAAGAGAUGAAGGAAUAUGUGACUAAAAAUGAAGAAAUGCUAAAAUCAAAAAAUGUUGUAGAAUUAAUUAUUGACAACACUGUGAUGUUUUCAAUAAAAAGUAAAACAAAUGUUACUCCAGAAGAAGAAGUUACUGGCAAGUUAAGUGGUUUGACUCUUACAGAACCAGAGGAGUUUAGAGGAAUCGCUGCUAUGUUGUUUGCACCUGCAAGUUCAG